AUGGAGUUUGUGGAUGCCAUUAAAGAAUUAAAAGCUCUCCCUGAGGGCACUCACCUCCUCUGCCCGCGACAGCAUGACGAUGAUUACGGGCGAUAUGAUGACAUGAACCAAGUGGACGAAAAAGGAGUCAGUGUCAAGGACCAGGUCGCUGAAGGUACAACACGAAAGGAGAAAUUUCUCUCGUGCAUGCGUAUACUUGCUUAUAGUGCAGAUGGCGUGGAAGAGCUUCAGUCCUGGGUUUUAUCCAAGUUGGAUGAAACGCUGGAAAAAUGCGACCUCUGCAUCAAGCAGUACUACACCGGCAAGAUCUGGCUCAUGGACCUGCUGAAGAGAGAGAAUUAUCAGGAUGACGACAUUGAGGCAUUCGCGGCGAAGGUUGACGAGUGGGAUGUUAAGCGUAUCACUCGAAACCUAACGACCGCGAAAACACAGCUGAGAAGCGUCCCACGCGAGAAAAUUGCGUUGGAUGUACUGGACCGCGCUGCCUUACUGUCUAUAUUCGAGACAUUGAGCUGCGAGGCUAUGCUGCGUGAUGACGACAACCUGAAGCUGUACUUCGAUGAACCAUUUCAGCUCAUUCAAACGAAACGAAGCCUGAAGAUCUCGGAUUAUGUCCCUGCUGUUACCCGCUUCUUGUUUGACCCAGUACAACAACGCAAUAUUUGGGCUCUUCAAACAUGGAUGCGCUAUGCUCGUCCACCUACCACAAUGGAAUUUGAGUGGGCCAUUCGAGAUGGCCUUCUAAGUGCGUUACAGGCCGCAUCUCAGCCGCCAAUGCAACCGCAUAUGCAGCAGUCAAUGCAGACACACUUCGCCAUUAUCCAGCGUUUGUGGCGGGGCAUGCAACUCAUCGUACGGAGGCUGGAUAAGGAACAAAUUACCCAUCAGCUUCGGGCUUUGCAGAUUGACCCCUGUCGCCUCUCAGUCGAUCAUUUAGCCUUGCCUACCCCUGGGCUGCGCUUCCUCUUAAAUACUAUUCAGACAUUGUUGGAGAAAGCCCCAGUUGAUUUCUGGGAUGCCAUGCAGACUAUCUCACCUCAGGCCAUCAUGGAACACACCAUCCACAAUCCCCAAUUCCAGGCAUUUCUUAUACAGACUACCGAAGGCGAGGCCUAUGAGAAGUCUGCGUUGAAAGACAUGCUCUCAUGGAUCAACCCAUUCCUGAACUCUCUCAAAGGAGUUCAUCAGCCAUCUGCAUGUCGGUAUUUGGUAGGUCAAUUGUUAAAACGCCUUCAAGAUCCUCAAUAUCCAAACCUCGCUCGCUAUCGUUGCUUCCAUGUUGGCUUGACUAGCCUCCUCCAAACUCUUCGCCGUUUCACAGAUCAUGAAGCCUCAAGAGGCUCCGUCGAACGGGUCGUCCUUCAAGAAACCAUGGAGGUAUUGAAGGAUACCAUCACCGUCAUCCUUGAACCACCGACCUUCAAUAUUGAGCAAGGGAAGCAACAAGAGAUCCUUUCUUUGUGUAUGGAUGUCGUCCGCAAUGCUCUUGCUUUGGAAUGUCAAUCUCUUAAGAGUGACUAUGAAGUCAUUCUGAAGCAGGGCACUCUCUCUCACGGCGUGUCCACUUAUACGGGGCCUAUCUGGGACGCAGUCAUCAGACACCUCCGCCAGGACAGGCUUGCCUUGUCAACGGCAUCCUUGUUGGGAAUCCUGCCACUCGUUGGUCUGGAGAAGUUCCCAACCAAAGGCGGGGACAACUCUGAAAAGACUCACUUCAACAUGAUCUAUGGUCACCUCACCCACCUCUCAUGCCAGAUCAUCGAAAGACUCGCCGAGUUCCGGCCCGAUCAUCUCAACACCCUUUUCAAAAGUCAAGACACCAGCAGUGCGCUCAUAUCCACUCUCUUCGCUGCCGACUUGAACACAUACCAAGCUUCGGUGGACUUGAUCAAAAACGUCAGCGGCCAUUCUGCUCGACGAGAUGCUAUCUCGUACUUGCUUGAGACGUUCUUCACCACGACAAUGUAUGGCCUCAGUUGGUCGUUCCGCCGUAUCUCCAACAUGAAGACAUUUGCUCCUGCCCCGCGAAUGCUGCAUACAGGUACCGAUAUCGUAGAAAUCUUGUGUAACAGUCAAACAGGCAUGCUUCGAACACGUACCUUCACGGAUCGUCGAGAGGUCUUGUCGCUGCAGAAGCUCUGGGAGUUUUUGUGGCAGGCGUUGACCACUAUCUUCGACGAGACUGAAGCGUGGCACAUUAGGGGCAAUGACAAGUCGGUGAUGCUGGAGUUUUGUCGGGACACAAUCCAGUUUGCCGACUUUCUCUUUGAUCAGUAUGGAGUCUUUCUGGGUGCCGUAGGUGCCGUGGGGGAUGAUGCUGGCAAAGCCACAUCAGAAAACUUCCUCAAGUCCCCCACAACCACGAUGAGUGCCAUGGUCAAGUGGUUACGUCUCAAGGACGACUACUUAGCCACCACGCUAGUCGGGCUAGUAGCGAAGCUGCUCCGACGCCUAGGAGGGUUAAAUGUGACGACAGUAAAGCAAGACGCGUUGAGCUUCAUUGAGGGUGUUGCUGUAAAUGGAACCAUCAAAACCAUUCUCACCCCCCGUGACAAGGCGGAACUUGUACGCUCGCUUGAAGCAUACUACAAGAAGCCUGUCGUUACUGCAUCUACCGCUUCAUUCAAGAAGCAAUCUUCCAUCACUUCCUUCGCCAGACCCUUCGAUGUCUCGAGUCCGUCUUCUCGUGCUCCCUCUGAAGACGAAUUCGACGACGAUAUCGCCGAUAUAACUCUCCUCGACCUUUCUAGCUCCGUCGAACUCAACAAGGAGCGCAUCGCUGCGAAACAAAAGGCUGAGCAGAACAAGUUGCCGCUCGGGGCUCUUGGUCGGCGCCAACCUGUUUCCAAGUCCAUAGUAUCGCGGCCUAAGGAUGACGCUAGUACCGUUAUGUCUUUCCGUGAGAAACGUGAGCGUGAGAAAGCGGCCAAGAAGAAACGGGACAUGGAGCAACUGGCGAGGUUGAAGAAGAAUUUGCCUGCGCGGGGAGUCGCGGAGCAAACUGCCGAGCAAGGCUCUGGCAUCAAAGGUAUUGGCAUCAAGGGUAAAGACCAUGCGAUUCCUGCAGAUAGUAUGAUGGUUUCAUCCGGGUCUGACACGGAUUCUGAGAGUGAAGAUGAACUCGAUAAAGAGUUAUUCGGCGCAAAGCCUAAGAAGUCUGACGCCGUCCUCGCUUACGAGCAGAGCAAGAAACAGUCGUUGCAGCAGCAGCCCAUUAAGAAGGUCAAGCGUGCCCGUUCGAUGAAAGAUAUGCGCGCACGUCUGUCCCCGGAUCUUUCAUCUCUCCAUCACUCCAUCCUGUCCUGGGAUUUCUUCUCAACUGGCGACCUUCCGCCGUCUCUGGACCGCCAGGAUUAUACCCUGGUUUCUAACACAUUCCGCUCUUCCUCUGACUAUCAGAACACUUUCGAACCCUUGCUGGUUCUUGAAGCCUGGCAAGGCUUCCAGCAGGCAAAGGAAGAAGGUGGCUUCCGCCCCUUCGAAGUCAAAGUAAUGUCCCGAUUGACUGUCGACUCCUGGAUCGAAUUUAGCACCCAGCCUCUAGGUCUACCCCCAAAGGACUUCUUCAUCGGCGAAGGCGACCUAGUCUUGUUCUCUAGCUCAUCCAAUCCCACUGCGGAUCCUAGUGUGGGCCACUUGCUUGCACGCGUCUGCGGCGUCAACCGCAAGGGCGGUAAGCUAGAGGUCACGUACCGUAUGAAUCCUGGAUCUAGCAAGUUCUUGUCGUCAUUCGGAACUGGCUCUACGGCCUGGGGAGCCAAGGUCACCUCCUUAACCCCGGUGGAGCGAGAAUAUGGUGCCCUCAUGGCCCUGCAGUACUACGAUCUUUGUGAGGAAGUUGUCUUGGCCAAGCCUUCUCCUAUCCUGAACUACUCCGACGCGAAGCUGCAACCCAUCAUGGACAACUACAGCAUCAACCUCGCUCAAGCUAAGGCGGUCAAAUCUGCCCUGGACAAUGACGCUUUCACUCUUAUCCAAGGCCCCCCCGGUUCUGGAAAAACCAAGACCAUUGUUGCCCUUCUCGGCAGUCUCUUGACUAGCGUCCUUGGCAACACCGCGAUCUCCAUCAAAACAGGCAAUCAGUCCUCUAAUCGAGCAACAUCCCGGAAGAUCCUGGUGUGUGCACCCAGCAACGCCGCCGUCGAUGAAAUCGUCAUGCGCUUGAAGGAUGGCGUGAAGACAAGUCAAGGUCGUCAGGAGAAGCUCUCCGUUGUUCGUCUGGGUAGAAGUGAUGCCAUCAACUCGAAGGUGCUGGAUGUCACACUCGACGAGAUGGUUAAUGCUCGUCUCACUCAAAACCCUGCCUCUGGCAGCAACGUCGAUAUGCAAAAGCUGUACGAGGAGCAUAAGACUACCGACACUCGAUUCAAAGAGGCUCGUUCGUCACUAGACGAGUGCAGAGCCAAGGGACUGCCUGCUCCCGAGGAGCUUGAGCGCGAGUUUGAGCUCUUGAAGAAGAAGAGAUCUCAGUUGAGUACGGACAUCGACAAGGCUCGCGACCAGGUUCACACCUUGGCUCGUAAUGCCGACAUGCACAAGCGUCGUAUCCAGCAAACAAUCAUUGACGAAGCGCAUGUCAUUUGUACCACCCUCAGCGGUUCCGGUCAUGAGAUGUUCCAGUCUAUGAAUGUCGAGUUUGAAACUGUUGUCAUUGAUGAGGCAGCUCAGUGUAUCGAAUUGAGCGCUUUGAUUCCGCUCAAAUACGGCUGCUCGAAGUGUGUUCUUGUCGGUGAUCCGAAGCAGUUGCCCCCAACUGUCCUCUCAAAAAUGGCAUCCAAGUUCCAGUACGAGCAAAGUUUGUUCGUUCGCAUGCAAAAGAAUCACCCGAAGGAUGUGCACUUGCUGGAUGUUCAGUACCGUAUGCACCCGGAUAUCAGUCGUUUCCCCAGUCUUACGUUCUACGAUGGCAAACUUCAGGACGGUGCCGACAUGGCCAAGCUUCGAGCCCGUCCGUGGCAUCAGAGCGAGCUGUUGAGCCCUUACCGGUUCUUCGACGUCCAAGGUAUGCACCAGAGUGCGACCAAGGGCCAUUCCUUGAUCAACUACGCGGAGUUGCAAGCUGCGAUGCAGCUGUACGAGCGACUCAUCACGGACGUCAAGGAGUAUGACUUUACAGGGAAGAUUGGUGUCAUCACGCCUUACAAAGGUCAACUGCGAGAAAUGAAGCUUCAAUUCGCGGCCAGGUAUGGCGAGGACAUUCUGAAGAAGAUCGAUUUCAACACGACCGAUGCUUUCCAGGGUAGGGAGAGCGAAAUCAUUAUAUUCUCUUGUGUUCGUGCAUCGAACAAGGGUAUUGGUUUCUUGGCUGAUAUCCGCCGUAUGAACGUCGGUCUUACUCGUGCCAAAUCCUCGCUGUGGGUUCUGGGUAAUUCCCAGUCUCUGAUGCAAGGUCAAUUCUGGCGGGGUCUCAUCAAUGAUGCGAAGGAGCGCAAUGUGUAUACCGAGGGCAACAUCGCCAGAAUGCUAGAGAGGCCGCAGUUUACUGGCUACAAGGAAGUCGAAAUGGUGGAUGCCAGUGCUCCUGGUACGCCGGGAGAUACUCCAUCCAUGCAAUCGGUUUCUCGUCCUUCAUCAGAACCAAUUGGACUCGACUCUCCCUCAAUUUCGAUGUCGGCCUCUGCGCGCGGCACACCUCCUCAAUCAUUGCCCGAAGGGCCUUCCGGCGGACCCAAGGGUCUGGAUGAAACCAAAAUGUGUGGAAUAUGCGGUAGUGGUGAGCACUUCACACACAAUUGUGAUAACGCAGACGCCAAGGAGGCCGUUCGUGGACAAUGCUACCGGUGUCAAGAGUCCGGUCACUCCAAGUACUUCUGCGACGCAGAAAGGUGCCUGGAGUGCGGUGCGAUCGGUCAUUCUUCUAUUAAGUGCCCUAACCCGUACGAACUUUCAAAACGUCAAAAGCAGCAACUCCAGAACGAGGAGCGCCGCUUGCAACAACAACGCAAAGAAAAUAACGAGCGCCAGCGUCAGCGACAGAAGGGUGGCCAUGAUCGGAAGGUCCCCGUUGUGCAGGCAACUACGCACACGCCAUCAUCAAGCAACGAGAACGUAAACAGUAAGCGCAAGCGCACUGACUCGACAUCCGAUGUGCCCAAGGCCUCGCGUCCGCGCCCCAAUUAUCCGAAUCCGCCGCCAAAUGCCCCCAGGGGGCCUGCUCCCAAAAGUCAUCCGCAUGCUCCGAGGGGUCCUGCUUCUCCAAAUGCUCCCAAUGCCCCGAAGGAUGCACCGACUGCUCCAAAAAUCGCCCCCAAAGGCCCAGCGGUUUCGCGACCGCCCGCUCCCCCUGGUGGCCUUAUCAAACCUUCGCGUGAUGGCCCUGCUUAUCCUCUAACUGGAAAUCAACCAAUGCCGGGAGGUCCGCCGUCGGCGCCCCGAGCCGCGCAGACUCCCCACGCGACCCAGCAGAGACGCCCGCCUCCUCAGAUGCGAAAAAAGAAGGAAGUAGACCCGUUCAUCCGACCCAAACCUCGGAGAAAGUAG